AUGCUGCACGUGCUGGCCUCGCUGCCCUUGCUGCUCCUGCUGGCGAUGCCUGCUCCAACCCACGCCUGGUCGCGACCCCUCUGGUACCAGGUGGGGCUGGACUUGCAGCCCUGGGGGUGUCAGCCAAAGAGCGUGGAGGGCUGUAGGGGUGGCCUGAGCUGUCCUGGUUACUGGCUGGGCCCUGGAGCAAGCCGCAUCUACCCUGUGGCUGGGGUCAUGAUCACCACCACCAUGCUGAUGAUCUGCCGCAAGAUACUGCAGGGGCGGCGGUGCUCACAGGCCACCAAGGGUGAGCAUCCGCAGGUGACCACUGAGCCCUGCGGACCCUGGAAACGGCGGGCCCCAAUCUCAGACCACACCCUGCUCCGUGGGGUCCUGCACAUGCUGGAUGCCCUCCUGGUCCACAUCGAAGGCCACCUACAUCAUCUAGCCACCCAGCGGCAAAUCCAAAUAAAGGGGACUUCCGCCCAGAGUGGGUGACCAAACAUGUGCCUCUCUCUGCCUGACAGCCUGGGGUCCUGGGCCAGGUCUGCUCUCUCCAGGCCUAUCUGGACCGUGUGUCCCUUUUCUACUUUUAAAGCCAGCUGACUUGGUGUCCAGGACAGGCGGGCAGGUGGGGCACAGGCUGGCUCACACUGCUCCAUUGCCCCCACCAACUGACUUUUCCUCCCUAAGGAUCCCUCCUGGAGACACAACUGCUCCUCUGGGCUGGGUGUGGUGGCUUACACCUGUAAUCCCAGCGCUUUGAGAGGCCAAGAUGGGAG